UAGCCACUAUCCUGACAUGGAAAAUGGAACUAUUAUCCACCGCGCAACACUUGAUGCGGAUGGGAUCUUUAGAUUGUAUUUACACCACUUUGAGAACGAUAAUAGAUCAAGUUUGUUGAUGGAAUGGUCGUCGUUGGCUAACCAGUGUGAAGUCAGCGGUUUCUGUGGAUUGAACAGUUACUGCUCAGGCGUCGGCAACAAUGGUCAAUGCAACUGUUUUCCUGGAUUUGAUUUCGUCAACACCAGCAAUAAGUUCCUCGGCUGCUACAGGAACUUCGAUGACAAUGGUUGCAGACACAGUAAAGAUCCAGCCACGCUGAACAGCAGUACCGUUUCCUUAAAGAACAUGUGGUGGAAUGAUUAUCCUUACUCAGUGCUACAAAUGAAGGAGGAAGAUUGCAGCAUAUCUUGCUUGGAAGAUUGCAAUUGUGCGGCCGUAUUAUACACGGGUGAUGGUUGCGCCAAAUAUCAACUUCCAAUUAGAUAUAGUAGAGUAAGUAAAAACAUAUCAGCUACGGCUUUCAUCAAGGUGAUUAGGGAAACUAUCAAAACACCUCAAAAACCCGUCGACCAAAAAGUCUUGACCGAAAGCAAAAGAGGUCUGAUUUUGAUUCUUGCCAUAACCUUGGGUUCCAUUUCAUGCCUUUGUUUCAUUUUUGCCAUCUUUACUCUGGUCAGAUACAGACAUCAAGUUUACAGGUAUAAAAUUCUCUCUGACAAUGCAAAUUUGGGAUUGAUUGAAGAGUUUACUUUGAGAUCAUUUUCUUACAAUGAGCUUGAGAAAGCAACAGAUGGCUUUAAGGAAGAGUUAGGUAAGGGUUCUUUUGGAGUUGUUUACAAAGGAACUAUAUCUGGAGGUAACAAAACUAUUGCCGUUAAAAGACUAGAGACAUUCGUGGAAGAAGGGCAAAGGGAAUUUCGAGCUGAAAUUACAGCAAUUGCAAGAACUCAUCACAGAAACUUGGUUCGAUUGCUUGGAUUUUGUAUGGAGGGCUCUAGGAAGCUUCUUGUUUAUGAAUACAUGAGCAAUGGCUCACUUGCGGAUCUUCUCUUCAAGGCUAAGAUGCGCCCCAUUUGGAAAGAUAGAGUAAGAAUUGCACGGGAUGUGGCUAGAGGGAUUCUCUAUCUGCAUGAUGAGUGUGAAGUCCAUAUCAUCCACUGCAACAUAAAGCCUCAAAACAUACUUAUGGAUGAUACAUGGACAGCAAAGAUCUCUGAUUUUGGGUUGGCAAAGCUAUUACUUCCAAAUCAAUCAAGAACAACUGUGGAGGCCGAACGGACAGCUGGGUACUUCUACUUGGCACCUGAGUGGAAAAAGAACGCCACGAUAUCAGUAAAAGCAGAUACAUACAGUUUUGGUAUUGUGCUUUUGGAGAUUGUAUGCUGUAGAAGCAUUAUAAAAGUAAAUGUUCCAACGACAGAUGAGAUAAUUCUUUCUAGUUGGGUUUAUGAUUGCUUUAUGGCUGGAGAGCUAGACAAGCUUGUUGAAGAUGAAAACGUGGACUUCAUGACUCUGGAAAGAAUGGUGAAAGUGGGGUUAUGGUGCAUUCAAGAAGAUCCAGCUUUACGUCCUUUAAUGAAAAAUGUAAUGUUGAUGUUGGAAGGGACAAUGGAUGUUCCAAUCCCUCCUUCUCCAGUUGGUUCCCUUGUUGUUUCAUGAAAUGAUUAUCCUUCUUAGUUUUUUACCAAGUUUGUAUUAACCAUCCUAUUCAAGUGUAUGAAUGUGUCAACAAACACUUGUAUGUAUGGACAACUAUAUGUACUUGCUUA